UCUGCCAUUGUGUUCAUACUGCUCAAUUCCGAAGAAUACGUAGCAAUGGCCAGAACAAAGCAAACAGCCCGCAAAUCCACCGGAGGUAAGGCUCCGAGGAAGCAGCUCGCCACCAAAGCAGCGCGUAAAAGCGCACCUGCCACCGGUGGCGUGAAGAAGCCUCACCGUUACAGGCCUGGCACCGUGGCUCUGAGAGAAAUCCGUCGUUACCAGAAGUCUACUGAGCUGCUGAUCCGCAAGCUGCCCUUCCAGCGUCUGGUCAGGGAAAUCGCUCAGGAUUUCAAGACCGAUCUGCGCUUCCAGAGCUCUGCGGUCAUGGCUCUUCAGGAGGCUAGCGAGGCUUACCUCGUCGGUCUGUUUGAGGACACAAACCUGUGCGCCAUCCACGCCAAGAGAGUCACUAUCAUGCCCAAGGACAUCCAGCUGGCUCGUCGUAUCCGUGGGGAGCGUGCUUAAGUGAUUUGAAGUCAAGAACCGAAAAUUCAAAGGCUCUUUUAAGAGC